AUGAGCCUUUACGGCGACCUAGAUGAUCCCUGGAAGACCGAUCAAGCUCUCAAUCCACCUGCUGCACAGAAUGAGUGGGCUAGUUUGAACUCUGAUACGUUAGCUGGUUCUCAUACUUUACAUAGUGAGACUCUAAUAUCGGGCGUAGGCGCAGUUUCAUUGCGACCAGACAAUUCAAAUGCGGCGAGGCUCCAAGUCGAUGGCUCUAGUUUGCUUAUGGGUCAACAAGACGGCUCGUCCCAUGUGGAAUGGGGCGACACUGUGGGUGAAGUUAACAACCAGGUAUCUGAGGGUUUAUCUACUGGCAAUUUGAUUAGCGGUGCUCCCUUCACUGGCGCUGAGACUCGCUCUACUGCAGGUGAUGCUAAUGAAGACUACGAAGCUUGGUCAAAUGUAGUGAGAAAGGCAUAUGACCCUCUCUCUACUGAUAUCGUACUCGUCGAAGAAAUUCCCGAAAGGGAAGGCUUGUUAUUCAAACACACGAAUUAUUUGGUUAGGCACUUAGUUGACAUUCCCGAUACUGAGCCGUCAAGUGAUAAAAGCGUAAUAAGAAGAUACUCCGAUUUUGUUUGGUUGCAAGAGGUACUGCUGAAGAAAUAUCCUUUUAGAACCAUACCAGACCUUCCUCCCAAAAGAAUCGGAUCUUCCACUUCCGAUCUCACAUUUCUCGUUAAAAGGCGAAAUGGGUUAUCGCGGUUCAUUAAUUUGGUCGUCAAACACCCGGUUUUGAGGAAGGAUGACCUUGUCUUGACAUUUCUAACCGUCCCAACCGAUCUUCUAAGUUGGAGAAAGAACGCUAGUUAUGAUACCACGGAAGAAUUUACAGAUAAAAAGAUAAGUUCCUCCUUUAUCAAAAUGUGGCAUAAGAAUAUGGCUGAGAGGUGGAAUGAUGCAGAUUCGUCCAUAGACGCGGCCUUGGAUAUUUGGGCUAAGAUUACAAUAUUGGUGGAAAGACACGAGAAACGAUUGAAAUUCAUAGGCCAAGACAGGAUGUUGCUUGCCUCGAUGUUGGAUGACUUUACCGAGAAUACCACACGCUUAUAUGCCACCGACAAUGGGAUGGUUUCUGAUAUCAACGAUCAUUUGGGUAUGGUUGCCAAGCGCUUGCAUUCCUGCAAUGCCUUGAUAGCUGCAGAAAACCAGGAAAUGAAUGCAGAUUUAUCACCACGCUUCAAGACCUUUAUUGAUAUACUUCUCGCACUUAAGGGUUUGUUUGAAAGAUAUAAGAUAAUGGCAGGCAACAAUGUUCCGCAAUUACAAAGGCGCAUUGAAGUCAACACCGAACGCAUGGAACAAAUGAAAGGGAAGCCUGAUUUGAAGGGUGCAGACUACGAUAGAAUAAAGCAAAGCAUUCAGAGGGACCGUAGGUCUAUUGCUGAACAGAUGAAUAAAAGUUGGUUGGUAAGAGAAUGUAUUCUUGAGGAAUAUGUGUUUUUUCAGGAAACACAAUUUCUGAUUUCUGAUAUCUUCCAACGUUGGGCUAGGUUAAACAUGAAAUACAUGGAACUGAAUUCAAACGAAUGGGAAACAAUACUGGACCGUAUCGAGUCGAUGCCCACGUCAAGAUGA